GAAAAGGUCAGGGAAGAGAAAUUAAGCAACCAGCGUUUCUCUGCUGAAUUGCUAAUUAAACUCUCGCCAUUGACGAACCAGGGACUUAGCUCCCUCUUCUGAAACUGAUAAACCCUAAUUAUCGUUCGUUGGAUCUGAUACCCCUGCUAGGCUAGGUCGGGAAUGGCUUCUUCGGAAGCCGAUUCCCGUUUGAGUCAGGUAAUUACACCGGCUCUCGAGAAGAUCAUCAAGAGCGGUUCAUGGAGAAAACACUCCAAGCUCGUUCACGAAUGCAGAUCCGUAAUCGACAGAUUAGCUUCGCCUGACAAGUCUCCAACUUCUCCCAACGAAGACAGUUCAGUGCCCGGUCCGUUACAAGAUGGCGGCACCGUUGAAUUUUCUCUGGCGGAGUCUGAAUUGAUUCUCAGCCCUUUGAUUGCCGCUUCUGGAUCUGGAUUUCUUAAGGUUGCUGAACCGGCUGUUGAUUGCAUCCAGAAACUAAUUGCUCAUGGCUAUAUUCGUGGUGAGGCGGACCCUUCCGGAGGCUCUGAAGCCAAGCUUCUUGCUCGUAUGAUGGAAGCUGUUUGUAAGUGCCACGAGUUGGGUGAUGAUGCGGUUGAGCUCCUGGUACUGAAGGCACUGCUUUCAUCUGUUACUUCGAUCUCAUUGCGGAUCCAUGGGGAUUGCUUGUUGCAGAUCGUUAGGACUUGCUAUGAUAUCUACUUGGGGAGCAAGAAUGUCGUUAACCAGACUACUGCCAAGGCUUCUUUAAUACAGAUGCUGGUGAUUGUGUUUCGGAGAAUGGAGGCUGAUUCGUCGACUGUUCCUGUUCAGCCAAUUGUGGUUGCGGAGCUGAUGGAGCCUGUGGAGAAGUCUGACACAGAUGGAAGCAUGACACAGUUUGUGCAGGGGUUCAUUACCAAGAUCAUGCAAGACAUUGAUGUGGUCUUGAAUCCGACCCCAACGGGGAAGACUGGGCUGGGUGGGCAUGAUGACGCAUUCGAGACUACAACAGUUGAAACCACAAAUCCAGCUGAUUUACUUGAUUCCACAGAUAAAGACAUGCUAGAUGCCAAGUAUUGGGAGAUCAGUAUGUACAAGACUGCCCUGGAAGGGAGGAAAGGGGAAUUGGCCGAUGGAGAGACUGAGAGAGAUGAUGACUUGGAAGUUCAGAUUGGGAAUAAGCUAAGGAGGGAUGCAUUCUUGGUUUUCAGAGCACUUUGUAAGCUCUCGAUGAAAACACCUCCGAAGGAGGCCUUGAAUGAUCCACAAUUGAUGCGUGGGAAGAUUGUGGCUUUGGAGCUGCUGAAGAUUCUGCUUGAGAAUGCUGGAGCUAUUUUCAGGACUAGCGACAGGUUCUUGGGUGCUAUUAAGCAAUAUUUGUGUUUGUCAUUGUUGAAAAACAGUGGUUCCACACUUAUGAUUGUUUUCCAGCUUUCAUGCUCCAUUUUUAUCAGUCUGGUAUCAAGAUUUAGAGCUGGAUUGAAGGCAGAGAUUGGAGUGUUCUUUCCUAUGAUUGUUCUCAGAGUUUUGGAAAAUGUUGCUCAGCCUAAUUUCCAGCAGAAGAUGAUAGUGCUUCGGUUUCUGGAGAAAUUAUGUGUUGAUUCACAGAUUUUGGUAGAUAUUUUCAUUAAUUACGACUGUGAUGUCAACUCGUCUAACAUAUUUGAGAGGAUGGUCAAUGGACUUCUAAAAACUGCUCAAGGUGUCAGCCCUGGUGCAGUCACUACCUUACAGCCAGCUCAGGAUGCCACCAUGAAACUUGAUGCUAUGAAGUGCUUGGUGGCAGUUUUGAGAUCAAUGGGAGAUUGGAUGAACAAACAGUUGCGCAUUCCAGACCCUCGUUCUCCUAUGAAAUUAGGAGCAGCUGAAAAUCCUGAAACCGGAGCCCUUCCUAUGGAAAAUGGGAAUGGGGAUGAGCCUGCUGAAGCAUCGGAUUCUCAUUCUGAGACCUCCAGUGAAGUUUCAGAUGUGUCCUCUAUUGAACAGCGCCGGGCUUACAAGCUUGAACUUCAGGAAGGUAUUUCCCUUUUUAAUCGAAAACCUAGAAAGGGAAUUGAGUUCCUUAUCAAUGCAAAGAAGGUAGGUGACUCACCGGAGGAGAUUGCAGCUUUCCUUAAAAAUGCAUCUGGCUUGAACAAGACUUUGAUCGGUGAUUAUCUAGGAGAGAGAGAAGACUUACCACUAAAAGUAAUGCAUUCAUAUGUGGAUUCAUUUGAGUUUCAAAGGAUGGAAUUUGAUGAGGCAAUCAGGUCCUUUCUGCAAGGCUUUAGGUUGCCGGGCGAAGCACAGAAAAUUGAUCGAAUCAUGGAAAAGUUUGCUCAGCGUUAUUGCAAAUGUAAUCCAAAAGCUUUCAUUAGUGCAGAUACAGCAUAUGUCCUUGCAUACUCUGUUAUAAUGCUCAACACUGAUGCUCAUAACCCUAUGGUCAAGAACAAGAUGUCAGCUGAUGAUUUCAUAAGGAACAAUCGUGGCAUAGAUGAUGGAAAAGAUCUACCUGAAGAGUACUUGAGAUCCUUGUUUGAACGUAUUUCAAGGAAUGAGAUUAAAAUGAAAGAAGAAGAUGAUUUGGCUCCUCAACAGAAGCAGGCUAUGAAUUCAAACAAACUUUUAGGCUUGGACAGUAUUUUGAAUAUUGUUAUCCGUAAGCGAGGAGCAGAAACACAUAUGGAGACCAGUGAUGAUCUCAUGAGGCACAUGCAAGAGCAAUUUAAGGAAAAAGCUCGUAAAUCUGAGUCAGUUUAUUAUGCUGCAACAGAUGUAGUAAUCUUGAGAUUCAUGAUUGAGGUCUGCUGGGCUCCUAUGCUGGCUGCCUUCAGUGUUCCACUGGACCAAAGUGGUGACGAAGUAGUAAUUGCCCAGUGUCUUGAAGGCUUCCGUUAUGCAAUCCAUGUUACUGCAGUGAUGUCAAUGAAGACCCACAGGGAUGCUUUUCUUACUUCACUGGCGAAGUUCACUUCCCUCCACUCAGCUGCUGAUAUGAAGCAGAAAAACAUUGAUGCAAUCAAGGCAAUUCUUAUCAUUGCAGAUGAAGAUGGGAAUUACUUACAAGAAGCUUGGGAGCAUAUUUUGACAUGUGUUUCACGGUUUGAGCAUUUACAUCUCUUGGGGGAGGGUGUUCCUCCAGAUGCUACAUUUUUUGCAACUACUCAGAACGAGGGAGAAAAAUCAAGACAAGCCAAAUCAACCAUCCUUCCUGUUCUGAAGAAAAAGGGACCUGGGCGAAAUCAAUUUGGAGCUGCAGCUGGCAGAAGGGGUUCAUAUGAUAGUGCUGGUGUUGGUGGUCAUGCCUCUGGAGUAGUUACAUCUGAACAGAUGAGCAAUUUAGUGUCCAACCUAAACAUGUUGGAGCAAGUUGGAAGUUCUGAAAUGAAUCGCAUAUUCACAAGAAGUCAGAGAUUGAAUAGUGAGGCAAUAGUUGAUUUUGUUAAAGCCCUUUGCAAGGUUUCUAUUGAAGAAUUGCGAUCUUCAUCUGAUCCAAGGGUUUUCAGCCUUACAAAGAUUGUUGAGAUUGCGCAUUAUAACAUGAAUCGUAUCAGGCUUGUGUGGUCAGGCAUCUGGCAUGUGCUUUCGGAUUUCUUCGUAACUAUUGGCUGCUCUGAAAACCUGUCGAUUGCAAUUUUUGCAAUGGACUCCUUGCGUCAGUUAGCAAUGAAAUUCUUAGAUCGAGAAGAAUUGGCUAAUUAUAACUUCCAGAAUGAGUUUAUGAAGCCAUUUGUCAUUGUUAUGCGCAAGAGUAGUGCUGUUGAAAUAAGAGAAUUGAUUAUCAGAUGCGUCUCUCAAAUGGUUUUAUCUCGUGUCAAUAAUGUCAAGUCGGGAUGGAAAAGCAUGUUCAUGGUUUUCACAACUGCAGCUUAUGAUGACCACAAGAACAUUGUACUUUUGGCUUUUGAGAUAAUUGAGAAGAUUGUGCGAGACUACUUCCCGUACAUAACUGAAACAGAAACCACCACAUUUACAGACUGUGUGAACUGCUUGAUCGCAUUUACAAAUACUCGGUUCAACAAAGACAUUAGUCUGAAUGCAAUUGCUUUUCUUCGGUUCUGUGCGGCCAAACUUGCAGAAGGGGAUCUUGGUUCCUCGUCAAGGAAUAAAGACAAGGAUUGCUAUGGGAAGAUUGCUCCAUUGUCCCCUCAAACAGGCAAAGAUGGAAAACAAGAUGGUGUGGAACUCGCUGAUAAAGAUGAUCAUAUAUAUUUCUGGUUCCCAUUGUUGGCUGGAUUGUCAGAGCUGAGCUUUGACCCAAGGCCCGAUAUUAGACAAAGUGCCCUGCAAGUGCUCUUCGAUACUCUGCGCAACCAUGGUCAUGUUUUCUCAUUGCCAUUGUGGGAACGUGUAUUUGAUUCAGUUCUUUUCCCCAUAUUUGACUAUGUACGGCAUGCGAUUGAUCCUUCUGGAGGAGACUCACAAGCGCUAGGACUUGAAGGUGAUACAAAUGAGCUAGAUCAAGAUGCAUGGCUCUAUGAAACAUGCACACUGGCCCUCCAACUAGUUGUAGAUCUCUUUAUUAAAUUUUAUCACACUGUAAAUCCACUCUUGAUAAAAGUUCUGAUGUUGCUGACAAGUUUCAUUAAACGUCCCCACCAAAGCCUUGCUGGCAUUGGCAUUGCUGCAUUUGUUCGUUUACUGAGUAAUGCCGGAGAUCUGUUUUCCGAAGAGAAGUGGCUAGAAGUGGUUUUGUCGUUGAAAGAAGCAGCUAAUGCUACACUUCCGGAUUUUUCACAUGUUAUUGAUGAAAGGACUUUGGCUAGAAACCAUGAAGAUUCUUCGGCACAAAGAAAUGGUGAGUCUGCUGAGUCUGUUACGCCUGGUGCUGAUUUGCAGAGCUUGAGAGAACGCAAUCUUUAUUCUGUAAUUUCUGAUGCUAAAUGCCGUGCUGCUGUUCAGCUUCUGUUGAUUCAGGCUAUUAUGGAAGUAUAUAACAUGUAUAGGGCUCAGCUUUCAGCAAAGAAUACUAUAGUGCUGUAUGACGCAUUGCAUGCAGUGGCAUUCCAUGCUCACAAAAGAAAUGGUGAUAGUAAUCUGCGCUCAAAGUUGCAGGAGCUUGGCUCCACAACCCAGAUGCAGGACCCUCCAUUGCUGCGCCUUGAGAAUGAAUCCUACCAAAUUUGCCUCACAUUGUUGCAGAAUCUGAUAUUGGACAAGCCCCCUAGCUAUGAGGAGGUAGAAGUGGAAGCCUACCUUAUCAAUCUCUGCAGGGAGAUCCUUCAGUUUUACAUUGAUACAGUCCAUUCUGGGAGCUCAUCCAAAGUGUGUGCUGAUGGUCAGCCAAGGGCUCACUCGUUGAUCCCUCUUGGUUCUGGCAAACGAAGGGAGUUGGCAGCACGUGCACCACUCAUUGUGGCAACCCUCCAGGCUAUAUGUGAGUUGGAGGAAUCCUUGUUUGAGAAGAACUUGGCUCAGUUUUUUCCUUUACUGUCGAGUCUGAUUAGUUGUGAACAUGGAUCAAAAGAAGUACAGGUGGCACUGAGUGAUAUGCUCGGCUCUUCAGUGGGUCCGAUUUUGCUUCAAUCUUGUUGAGUGGGCAAGAUCUGACUUGAGAAUUUGGGAGGUGUAUGAUAUUUUUCUCCUUUCAUAUUUUUUAGUUGUCUUUGUAGUCCAGUUUUCAUUUUGUUCUCUUGUUAUAUGUUAUUACCAUUGAGGAAGCAUGGGUUAGUAGUGUAUUUUAGCCAUGUUUUUGUAUGGGGGAAGGCUUCUGAACCUUUUUGUAAUAUAGAGAGAACACAGCUCCUUUAUUCAAAGUUCAUAGAUUUUUCUCCAGAGGAUAUUUUCAUGUUUUA